CUGAAAGGUGAGCAGGUUGAGGCCGUUGGCUGGUGAACGGCGUGCGUCGCUUCCCGGCAGGCGAUCACGAGAGCGGCAGGCCGUGCGCGCCUGCCUCCUGACCCAAAAAUUGCAGCCACUAGUAGGGUGCCCCUUCCGCGCCGGGCAUAGCGCCAGCCUGCAUUUUGUUGCGCCAUGGCAUCACUCAAAUGCGUCAAAGGGCACCACUCAUGAGUUUCUCUCAUGUAAAGACUCGCCCUACGUCGCUUUAAAGACCUGUCACGCCCUGGAGAGCCUGGAAUGACCGCCUUCAAUUCUGUGCGCAGAGUUAUGUUUUGCCCGCAGCGCCUCAGCCAUCAAUUGAACACUCACAAAAUCAACUCGUAGCUCAGACUCUCGCAUAUCGCCCGCCGCCACAUCAUUGGACCAGACCAACUGUUCGCCGCCGCCCAGAACCACACGCAUCAUCCCGCGUUCCCCAGAUUUUCAUAUCAGCCAUGCCUGGCCGACUGCUUUCUCUCGUCAGGCCCGCGCCUGCGUCAUCGGCAAACCACGACACGCUAAAAGCCAACGACAUACCGCAACCCCUCUUCCCGCCAGUGUACUCCGUCGAGCGCCCGACAAAUACAAAGGCAAAGUCGCAAGAGUCGCUAGUCAUGGAGGCGUUUAAGCGCCACAGCAUCGGCGGCCGCCACCAUUCAGACAAGAAGAGUCCCAAGGUCGAGCCGCAGGGAUGCGCCACCAUGAACAUGGAGGUCGAGUCGCCGCCGCUCGUCUUCUACAACAGCCCGCAGACGUCGACAGGCGCGCUCUUUUCCGGGCAGCUGAAGAUCGAUGUGCAUGAGCCAUUCGUGACGCUGGAGAAAUUCGAGAUGCGCCUCCUUGCCAUCGUGUCAACAAAGAAACCCGUGUCACCCCACUGCGCCGACUGCACCACCCAGACGACCGAGAUCCACAAAUGGGAGUUUCUGAAAGCGCCCGUGUCGCUACGCCAUGGCGACCACUCGUUCCCGUUCAGCCAUCUUCUUCCUGGGCAUCUACCUGCGACGACUCACGGGGCUCUGGCCAGCCUCGACUACUACCUCGACGCAGUAGCCACCACAUCGAACAAUGGAAACAUCACCUACAAGCGCAACCUUGACAUCAAGCGCGCCAUCUUCCCCGGCAACGAGAAGCACUCGAUCCGCAUCUUCCCUCCGACGAACCUCACCGCUUCAGUGAAGCUUCCCCCGGUCAUCCAUCCCAUUGGCGACUUCCCCAUUGAGAUGCGCCUCUCCGGAAUUACACAAACCAAGAACGACUCGCAAACACGAUGGCGCCUGCGUAAGCUCAACUGGCGCAUCGAAGAGACGCAAAAGUUCGUCUCGCCUGCCUGCCCCAAGCACGCCAACAAAGUCGGUGGGGAAGGCAAAGGUGUCCUACACGAGGAUAUCCGCGUAAUCGCCAGCGAGGAAGUCAAGCAUGGCUGGAAGACCGACUUCACCGAGGGCAAUAUCGACGCCGAGUUCCGCGCCGCCUGCAACAUGGCACUAAAGCCUCUCUGCGACAUGGAGAGCCCCAACGGCAUGAGCGUCAAGCACAAUCUCAUCAUCGAGAUGGUGGUCGCUGAGGAAUGGGCACCGCUCAAGAAGCUCAGCCAAGCUACUCCAACUGGCGCUGCACGCGUUCUCCGCACCCAAUUCCACCUCUGCCUUACCGAGCGCUCGGGCAUGGGAAUUUCUUGGGACGAGGAGCAGCCGCCCAUGUACGAAGAUGUCCCUGCCAGCCCGCCGACGUAUGUCGACGACUUCGACGUUGCUCAUCUCGAUGAUGACGACUCCGGCCAUCUCCACCUCUAAUUCCAAAAUCUCUUUAUUCGCAGCGUCGAGCGAGCCGGCUCUUCUCUAUUCCCGAUUUUUCUCCGCAUCACGGCCGAUCGACGCGCCUUACGAUAUCAUAUCCCCUUGCGUUGAAAUGGUUCUCGACUUACGGUUGACUGAGGAGGAUAUACCCCUUCCUGUAUAGUGGUUGUUCUAUUUGUCUAUAUGCAUCUUCGCUCUUACUUCUCCUUUCUCUGAUUAUAUGCAUGUACAUACAAUACCAUCAGCGCGGCGUUCCACGGCAUCACAUGGGCUGGACAUCUUAAGAGUCGAGCCCAGGAGCGCUCCUCGAUCUUCUCCAGCAUGGAAGGCGUUUUGAACAAAUAAUGGGCGGAAAAGUGCUUGCUUGGCUUACCUACAUAUAGUACCUAAUCAUUACUCGAGAAGAAUGACAGAAAGUCCGCUCGCUUCUCGAAAUCGCUCUC